AUGGUGAAGCAGGCCGAGGCGUCCCCGCCGGAGGUGCGGGAGUGGCUGGGGGCCCUGGAGGCGCGCGCGGCGGGGCGGGGUCUCGUGGUGCGUGGGUGGGCGCCGCAGCUCGCCAUCCUGUCCCACCGCGCCGUGGGGGGCUUCGUCACCCACUACGGAUGGAACUCGCUGCUGGAGUCCGUCGCGCACGGCGUCCCGGUGGUCACGUGGCCCCACUUCGCCGACCAGUUCCUGAACGAGCGGCUGGCGGUGGACGUGCUCGGCGUGGGCGUGCCCAUCGGCGUGACGGCGGCCGUGAUGGUGUUCGACGACGAGAGCGUGGCGGUGGCGCGUGGGGACGUCGCGCGGGCGGUGUCGGCGCUGAUGGGCGAAGGGAAAGAGGCCGGCGAGAGGAGGCGGAGGGCCAGGGAGUACGGGGAGAAAGCUCACGGGGCCAUGGAGAAAGGAGGCUCCUCGUAUGAGAACCUGACGCAGCUCAUCGAGAGCUUCGGGCAAGUGGAGGCAAGAAAAGGUUAGGCUUAGGCUAGAACAGUGCAUGCAUGGAGCUAGCCGUGGACUACCAUCGGAAUGGCAGUACACAGUACUGGUGCAGAAUCUUUAUCUUUACAG